AUGAAAAGGGUCAGGAAAUGUUCAAAGAAACGAGAAUUGGAAGAAAGCGAUAGAAAAGAUCCGUUUACGAUUCUUCAUCUGGAUCUGAUUGUAGAGAUUCUCUUUAAACUUCCGGCCAGAUCCAUAGCCUGGCUCAUCUUCGUUUCAAAACUCGGGUCAUCCAUAAUCCGUGGCAAAGAUUUUAUCAAGUCGUACCUGAAUCGAUCUUCGACUCGGCCGCGUCUCCUUUUCGUUGUCUUCGCUUACUACACGAAGGAACAGUUCAUACAAUCUUGUUCCCAAGAAGAUCCAUCUUCUGAUCACCAUAGGUUAAACAUAACUCCGGAUCGGCGUAAUUUGUAUGGCUUUUCUCCACCCGUCCGCGGCUUGAUCUGUCGUCAAAUUGAUACUAAGGUGAUGAUUGGAAACCCUAGCACGGGACAGUUCUUAACCUUACCAAGGGUCAGAUCUACGAGAAGGGGUUUAUACUCCUUUUUCGGAUAUGAUCCGGUGAAUGAUGUAUACAAAAUCUUGUGCAUGACGGUACUACAAGGCAGCCAAAGACGUGAAUCGCAAGUUGUGUCCGAGGAGCAUCAAGUUUUCACUCUAGGACCUAAACAACGAUGGAGAAGUAUCGUAUGUAAGCAUCCUCAUCUUCCUCCUCCUUUUACUAGAGGGAUAUGCAUAAAUGGGGUUGUUUAUUAUUAUGCUUGGAUCAGAAGUGAAGGAUCUUUGAUAAGCUUUGAUCUGAUAUCUGAAGAGUUUAAUGUUAUCGAAUGUAAGCAUCCUCAUCUUCCUCUUCUUAAAACUAGAGGGAUAUGCAUAAAUGGGGUUGUUUAUUAUCAUGCUCGGAUCAGAAGUGAAGGACUUUUGAUAUCCUUUGAUCUGAUAUCUGAAGAGUUUAAUGUCAUUCAGCCACCAGCUGACUGUUGGUUCCAAAACCUAGUGAACUACAACGGAAAGAUAGCUUUAACUUCAGCCACGCAGUUUGACAAUAUAUUUCGCCUGUGGGUUCUGAAAGAUGCCUGCAGCGGAAAAAAAUGGUAUAGAUCUUCGCUUGCGAUUUCUUCUCGUUCUUGGUCAAAAUUAGCUGGGGUGGUUUCCUUCGAGCUCAGGGGUACACUUAGUACCGGCGAGCUUAUAUUUGCACCCCUCAGUCCCAUUAACCCGGUCCAUUUGAUCAGUUUUGAUCCCAAAAUAAACAAGGCCAAAAAAGUUGUGGUUGAAGGACUUUGA